AUUCCGAACAUUCGAAUGUGUUAAAAUUUAGAAGCUUAUUUUGUAAUUACUUCAUGUACAAUCUUGUACGAACAGCUUAGAAGAGAUAAUUACAUAAGAGCUGGAUUGGGUCGUCCCAUCGUUGUAAUAAGUUCAAUAUGUUCUUCCAAUGUGCUUGACAAUGGAGGCAGAGUGAACGGAAAAGGUAUCAAGCGCGAAGGCUGAAAGCAUGUGUCGCAGUACAGCAGAAUAAUGUGGAUGUGCCACGCGAACUGCAUCGGCCAUGUAAGCUUCGAGCUUAUCUAACUAGUACAAUGUGCACUCGAAUUCGAAUCCAGUGUCUGUGACCUUACAAUCCGUGUCAAGAAGUUUUAUUCAGUCAUCCUUUAGCUGCAGAAAAGCCUGUCCUGUGUCCAAUGCACUGCUUUCAACUGCCAUAAAAAACGAGGAGUCCAGCUGUUCUUCCACGGGAAGCCGAAAUUGCUCAUACGCGGUCAAAGUGCCUGAGUCUGCAGCGUGGGUGUGCGAAGAGGAGGGAUGGCGAUGAUUUGUCAAGCCACCGUCCCCCGUCUAGAAUUGUGGAAUAAAAGAGUCGACCGUUGUGCGGUCGGGGCGCAAUCAGUUGCGUUCAUCCAGAAUUGCUGUGGAAUUCGGAGUCCUUUGUGGAGACCUGUUGUUUCCUCGAGCUGGAACCUCAAUCGAGCGUCAAUUCAGAAUAUGAGAAACGGGAGGCUUCCAUUCAAGAACUUGGAAAACGUGAAGCCUUCAAGAGGAAGGUCGAUUCACUGCGACGCAGACUACCCUCGCGACGGUGAUUUGGAAAAAAAUAGAAAAAAAUCAAAAGGUUUAACAUCUUUGGAGCUGCAAAAUGUUGGGUCAUCAAAGAUUAAGAACUCCUACAAUGGAAUUUUCCUACUGUUGCUGUUAAACCUGGGAAUAUUUGCGCUUGAUCAUUGGCUCCAUUUUCCCAUCAUAUCACAUCUGUACCUACACCACAGUGACCCUAAGUGGUACCAGUUCGUGACGGCAACCUUCUGUCACAUCAAUUGGACACAUUUAUCAAGCAAUCUGUUCUUCCUUUAUAUCUUCGGCAAGCUCAUUGAAGAGGAGGAGGGAGGGUUUGCAGUCUGGUUAUCUUAUUUGAUUACUGGAGUUGGUGCAAAUUUGGUCUCCUGGUUGUUACUUCCGCGCAGUGUCAUUUCUGCUGGUGCCUCGGGAGCAGUUUUUGGCCUCUUUGCAGUCAGUGUGCUGGUCAAGAUGAGUUUCGAUUGGCGAAAAAUACUAGAGGUUUUGAUACUGGGUCAGUUCGUAGUGGAGAAGGUGAUGGAAGAGGCACAGGCAUCUGCUAGUAUGGGGAGCUUUGCUUUGAAAAGCUCCAUGAAUAUUAAUCACAUAGCUCACUUAUCAGGCGCUCUCCUAGGAGUGCUUCUCAUAUGUUUACUGAAUCGCCUGCCCUCAGGAGAUCCAGACAAGAAAUAAUGAAAACGGAUGAAAUUCCUCAAGAUCUCAGCCCGAGUUUUGUAACUAAGUGUGGACGUAGAGCAAUUUUCCGAUGAAAAGAUGCAUUUUCGCAUAGUGAUCUGCUGCAGAUUGUCUAUCAAGAAUUGUCUAUUUAAUGAAGAAUUGAACUGAACGAAUUACUUUAAUUACUAUAUUGACAACCUGAACAUCGAAGUGGAAGCCUAGAGCUGGUUUCAAAACAGAUUCCGUUUUAGAGUGUGAAGUUUCACAAUAGUGUGCAUGCAGUCACACGAAACCCACCGAGAUGAAAACAGAAGUAAUAUUUGUUAGCAAGUGAUAUAUCCUUCGGUUUGAUAUGUGAGGUGGAGAUCACCACACCAAAACUUGCUACAGCAACCGUCCUAGAGAGAACUGCGUAAACUAUUGUUCCCUUCCGAACUCGGGAUUAGACUUUGAGACAACAACUGGGCGUCAUCGUCAGUCAACGACGUCAGAUCCAUAUAGUA